CUAGUGUGGUGUGGCGCUGCAUAUCGAACUUCUUCUCGUGAUUGGAUCUCGAUUCAAUGUCAACCUCCUUCACCAACUGGCAACACGGAACAAUUAAUGCGCCUCCUGUUAACGUUCCCUGAUAUCGCGUAUUGACGUUUUGAGACACAUUUCAUUUUUGCUACGGUUUGCAGACAUCAGCGGGGUUCGAUCAUGAGAAGAUCCCGAAACCUGAGAACCCCCCAAUUCCUCUGAUCCUGUUGCAAUUCUUCCCUUUCUUUCCCAUGGCCAGAUCCACGAUUGUCCAGGAAUAUGCCUCGCCAGCGGUGGCCCAAACAUCGCUAUCAUUAGACCGCAAGACGUCGCGUGAAGUGGAGAAUGAAGGCUUCAAGAGGCCAAAGGGAUACACGGUAUCAUGGCACGCAAACCCGGACGUCGAGCCGCACCAUUUCGGCUCGUCGCAUCCGAUGAAACCAUGGCGACUCACCCUCACCAAGCAGAUAGUCAUGGCCUACGGCAUGCACCACGCCAUGGACCUGUACAAGACGCGCGAGGCCACAUAUGAGGAGAUGGCCGAAUUUCACACCCGGGAGUAUCUAGAUUUUCUCCAAUCAGUCAUCCCCUCCGACAUGGAAGAGAGCUCUCUCCUCGACCGCAUGGCCGGCUUCAACUUUGGCGACGACUGCCCCGUCUUCGACGGGCUCUUCAACUACUGCUCCCACUACGCCGGCGGCACUCUCGACGCCGCGCGCAAGCUCUGCAACAACCAGUCCGAAAUCGCCAUCAACUGGUCCGGCGGCCUGCACCACGCCAAGAAAUCCGAAGCCAGCGGCUUCUGCUACAUCAACGACAUCGUCCUGGGCAUCCUGCAGCUGCUCCGCGUGCACCCGCGUGUCAUGUACAUCGACAUCGACGUGCACCACGGCGACGGCGUCGAGCAGGCCUUCUGGUCCACCGACCGUGUCCUCACCGUCUCCUUCCACAAGUACGACAAGGACAACUUCUUCCCCGGCACCGGCGGCCUGGACGACACGGGGCCCUCCAACCCGCUCAACCCCGGCGCGCACCACGCGCUCAACGUGCCUCUGCACGACGGCAUAGAGGACGGCGAGUACGUCUCGCUCUUCAAAACCAUCGUCGGCCCAGCCAUCCGCACCUACCAGCCCGGCGCGAUCGUCCUCCAAUGCGGCGCCGACAGCCUCGGCUGCGACCGGCUGGGCUGCUUCAACCUGAACAUCCGCGCCCACGGCGCCUGCGUCGCAUACACCAAGAGCUUCGGCCUGCCGACGCUGGUCGUGGGCGGCGGUGGGUAUACGCCGCGCAACGUGUCGCGCCUCUGGGCGUACGAGACGGCCAUCUGCAUCGACGGCGCGCAGGACAUCAACCCGCGCCUGCCGGACUCGCUGCCCUUCCGCACCCACUUCAAGCCGGACUGCUCGCUCUUCCCGCCGCUGUCGGAUAUGCGCCGGCUGGAGAACCGGAACUCGAAGGCGUACCUGGAGUCGGUGACGCAGGCGGUGCUGGAGCAGCUGCGCUACAUCAAAGGCGCGCCGAGCGUGCAGCUGAGCCAUAUCCCGCCGGAUAUUAUGGGUUUGCGGGAGGAUGUGGAGAGGGAGAUUGAGGAGGAGAAGGAGAUGAUGGAGGCGGAGCAGGAGGAUAGGGAUGGGGCGGGGAGUAGUGGGGAUAGGUGGAGUCGGAGGAGGGAUAUGGAGAGAGCGCUAGGCAUACCGGGGGAGUUGUAUGCUUGAGUCUCCCCUUGGGCGCGGACCUCUUUUUCCCUUUUUUUGUCUCUUUUCUUUUCUUGUGAUUGCGAUUUCUAGGCUGUUAUUUUUGUUGGUGUAUUUUUAUUUUUAUUUUUUUUUCUUUCCUAUUCCCCCUUCGUCUCUUAUUGUCUACAUUUAGAGUAUUUUCUUUUUGUAUCUGCUGUGGAUAGUGUGGCUGGAUGGAUUUGGCAUGGAGUUAUUUUCUUGGAGUUUCUCGACGGAUCGCUUAUUGUUUUCUUUCUACCUCCUUGUUAAAAGAGUGCUCCUCUAUAGUGUAAAGUAAUAAUACCCUUGAGUUUCUACCACCUAACUUACUUCCAAUAGGCAAUGCCGAGUCAUAUCCUAUCGUCAAUUCUCUCUUAUGAUAAAAAU